AUGGCCCGCCCCGACCAGACCGAGCCCUUCCCGCCCCUCAAUCCCCUGCAGGAACCCUCGGCCCUCAGCGGCGGUUCGCGCCGCCGUCGAAAGAGCAGCAACCUGGGCGAUGACCCCAGGGGAGACACGGGCACCGUGAGCCUUGCGACGGCUUUCGACGGCCAGUCGCCCACCGAAGAGCGCUUCUCGAAGCAACACCGCCCCUCGAAGCGCCGGAAAGCGAAGUCUCUCGUGCGCCGCUGGCUGAAGCUCUCGAUCCGCCAUACCUGGCUCAAUCCGCUCAUCCUCAUCGUCCUCAUCCUCGCCCUCUAUGCUGCCAACCCCACUGAGUCCAACCCGUUGCAUGCUGCCAUCUUCCUGUCCUACCCUCUUCCCCGCGCUUCCGAUGCCGACCCGUCCGCCCCGAUACAGUAUGGCAAAGGAGGCCGGGACUUCAGCUUCGUCGCCUUCUACAUCGUCGUCUUCUCCUUCACCCGCGAGUUCCUCAUGCAGCGCCUGCUGCGGCCCAUGGCCAUCCGCUGCGGCAUCAAGUCACGCGCCAAGCAGGCACGCUUCAUGGAACAAGUCUACACCGCCAUCUACUUUGGAAUCUUUGGUCCCUUUGGCCUCUACGUCAUGUCGCGCACUCCGGUAUGGUAUUUCAACACCAGGGGCAUGUACGAGGGAUUCCCGCAUAAGACCCACGAGGCCGUGUUCAAGGCCUACUACUUGCUCCAGGCCAGCUACUGGGCCCAACAGGCCAUCGUCUUGCUUCUGAUGCUCGAGAAGCCCCGCAAGGACUUCAAGGAGCUCGUCAUGCACCACAUCAUCACCAUCGCCCUUAUUUGGUGCAGUUACCGCUUCCACUUCACCUACAUGGGCGUGGCUGUCUACAUCACUCACGACAUCAGCGAUUUCUUCCUUGCUACGUCCAAAACCCUAAACUACCUCGAUUCCCCCAUUGUCGGACCGUACUUUGGCUUGUUCAUCUUUGUCUGGACUUAUCUCCGCCAUUUCAUCAACCUCCGCAUCCUCUGGUCCAUGGUCAACGGCGAAUUCUCCUCGGUCGGACCCUUCGAGCUCAAUUGGGAGACGCAGCAAUACAAGUGCUGGAUCUCGCAGUACAUCACGUUUGCUCUGCUCGCCAGUCUGCAGGCCGUCAACCUGUUCUGGCUGUUCUUGAUCCUGCGCAUUGCAUACCGCUUUGUCGCGAGCUGGGGAGAAGUGGUCAAGGAUGAGCGUAGCGAUUACGAAGAGAGCGAGAACGAAUACGAAGCGCAAGAGAAGGCGGCCAAUGGCAAGGCCAUGGAAACUGCUCCUCAAGUCCUCCUCAACGGCGAGCCCGUAUCGCCUGUGGAGGAAAAGGCGACGACAACGGCCAUGGCUGCUGCCGCCAAUGGAAAGCAGAGGAAGGCCAGGUAA